AUGCUUCUUCCCCUUCUUCUUCUCGUUGUUGCAGCUGCAAGCUGUGAUAUCCCAAUUUUCCAAUCCAAUUCACUCCAGCUGUUUCCAGCCACCCAUUUCGACCAGUUUUCUGCUCCCUGCAGGCUCUUCUCUAACUCCUCCGGACCCCCGCAGGUGGAGUAUGGACAAAACGGCCUUCACCUUUCAAUUCUUCAUCGUUUCGACAACCCACAAGUCGUAUCGCUUGGUUACAUCAUGUACGGGAAAGUUGAGGCAGAAAUUAUGGGGCUGGCUGCACGCGGCGUGAUUUCUUCGCUUUACUUACAGAGCGACGAUUUAGAUGAGAUCGAUGUAGUGGAACUCACAGGUUCAUACCAUGAUGCAUAUCAGACCAACUACUUUGUCAAGGGCAAUGUUUCAAAUUAUGAACGGGGAUUCUCGCAUCAUCUCCCCUCAUCACCACAUAUAAAUUUCCACAAGUAUGGUCUCGAAUGGACCCCACACGAAAUGAUCUGGUUAGUGGAUAAUAAUGUAGUGAGAAGGGUAGGUAGAGAUAAUCCUCAUGGAUUUCCUACUUCACCUCAAAAGGUAUACAUAAGUAUUUGGGCAGGCGGCGACCCCGAAAAUAAGCCUGGAACCAUUCAAUGGGCAGGCGGCCUCACCGAUUACGAGCAAGUUCCAUAUAGUAUGGAUGUGCGUAAUAUGCUAGUGGUCAAUUAUCUGGGAGAUAUGUAUAAAGCUGCUGGAAAAGAGCAAGAAAAGAAAGAGAAAGAAGGAAACGAAGAAAAAGAGGAAAGAAGAAAAGAAGAAGAAGAAGAAAGCCAUGGGGAAAACAUAAAGAUGAAAAAGAUCAAAUUAAUCGAAAUAAUAAAACAGAACAUUCUCGCAAUCCCAGACCUUCUCGUUCUAAUUCACCAUCAUUACUUCCGCUGCUUCUAA